AUUCCCCCCAUCCAGAAACCCUGUCGUUCCCCCCUCCCCAGCCUUUGCCGUGGAGAGGGGGCGACCCCGGAGAAGAGAAUAGGAGAGGAGCUGCACAAUCUCCAAGAUGGCGUCCGAUCUGGGCAGCAGCCUCACUUCCAUAGACUGGCUUCCGCAGCUCACAAUCCAAACUGCGAUGAAGGGAUCCCAACAGAACAGUGCAGGGCGUAAGGGCCCAGGAUCCCCCACAGAUCCCAGUGCCAUGCUUAGCAAAGAGGAAGCAGCGGUGCACCGAGAUGGAAAGCCCCCUUACAGCUAUGCCAACCUCAUCCAGUACGCCAUCAAUUCUGCCCCAGCCAAACGCAUGACCCUCAGUGAGAUCUACCGCUGGAUCUGUGACAACUUCCCGUAUUAUCGGAAUGCUGGGGUAGGCUGGAAGAACUCAAUACGACACAAUCUGUCCUUAAAUAAAUGCUUCAGGAAAGUUCCACGGCCCAGAGAUGAUCCAGGAAAGGGAUCCUACUGGAUGAUUGACAGUUGCCCCAAAGAAGAUGUAACUCUGCCUCGCAGGAAAAGGCCGCAUCCAGACGAUGAGGUUUCCCAGGAUUCAUUUGAACAAGAAGUCAACAAAAGCCCCCUGAGCUCGGCCAAUGAGGUGACCAUGCCCCAAGAAGGCACCCAAGGGCAUCCUAUGAACAACAACUCCCCGCUCCCUACCUACAGCCAGGCCAACCCCACUCAGAUGCCACCAGAUUCCCGGGCUCCUCCAUACAACAACAACGACUGCUACAAGUUCUCCUUCUCAGAAAGCACCUUCCCGGAUCUGAGCUGUUCCUUCCGGAGUCUGUAUCACUCUCUGCUGGGCAAACAGGGGGAAAGAGGAGACAAGGAUCUGUACAACUCUAUGCAGAGCAAGCAGGUUCUGCCCCCACUACAUUCUGAAGUACAGUCAUCGAGCUGCUGUAUGUACCAGCAGAAUGCUGGUGCGGCUCCCUCUAAUCUGCACCCCCACAACGUUCCCAGCAUCAGUGGCCCGCCUCAUCCUCACCAUCAAGCUCAACACCAGCAACCUUCUUAUCUGCCCCAGCAGCAAAUGCCUCGCCCCCCAGUUCCUGGCAUGUCUUUGGGGCUUCCCAGUGACUGGUGCUCGAAUAUUGACUCCUUAAAGGAAAGCUUCAAGAUAGUCAGCAGUUUGGAUUGGUCCACUGUGGAUCUGUCCCAAUUCUCAGAUCUGAUGGAGAGUCUGCGUCAGGCUGAACUGAAGAACUGGAGCCUGGACCAGGAUCACAUUGCCAGCCUAUGUGAUUCCCUAAGCCAUCUCCUGAGUACGACUGGCCUCCUCCCCCAAAACCAUGGACAGCCUCCAUCUUGCCAGGCUCCCUGUAUGCCACCAACUACCAGCAGUGCCUGCGCUCUACGGGGAGGGAAGCCUGGACAUAACAUGGCAGUAAAUGCAUACGGGCCUCCCGUGUCCUGCGGUCACACCUUCACCGUUUCCUCCGGUUAUCCCAUCCAGUCGCAGGCACCACCAAUCUAUAGCCAGCAAGGACGCCACCCACAACGCGCUUUGUACCCACCCCAACGUCCGACACUUCGUUACCCACAGAGCAGCGACGACAUUCAGGAUGAUUUUGACUGGGACUCCAUUGCCUAGAGACAUUUACUCACAAAACAGAGAGAUGCGAGGGGCCACAGUGCUCCCUCCCUGUGUAUAAUAUAUAUGAGUAUAUAUAAAUGUAUAUCUUCGCCCGACAAUCAGGGACAAAAGCCACAACCGUACCACGUGGGAACGGUCAGUUUUCUCAACUAAGACCCCAUCCACUAUACCACAGCCUAAUGCCUUUUGCUGCAUUGUGAAGAUUGUGACUUCCCAGCCAAUGUAUCUGCCAUUAGCAAAGCCUGGAUGUGCCAGAGGGAAGGGCACCCGCUGGGAGAAGCAUGGGUAACUCCAUUUAUUUACAUGGCACACUGGCAGGACAGUGGAAGAUUCCCAACGAGAUGGACCCAGAUAUAUAAACAGUUGUGCCCACAGUUGUGUCUCAUUAACGAAUCUCAUGUUUUGGGAUUUCCUUAUUAUUAUUUACGUGUGUGUGCGUGUGACCCUUAAUUGUGCGUUGGACUGCAAGCUGGACCCGAAGAAGAGUUCAUUCUAGUAUUAAGCACCGCCUUAUCCUCUUCUCCCACUGUGUUUAUACGGUGCCUUGGAUCCCUACUAGCAAGUGCCGCUCACACUCAAUCCGUGCGCAUACAGACAGGAACACAAAUAAUGCUGCAGGUACAAAGGGGUUAACAGGAAAGUGUACCUAAAAUACAAGCUGCUUCGAAAUGA